AUGUCGGUGGUCUCGUUGCCCGAUGACCAGUACGUGUUUUCCGUUGGCAUCCGCACAUCGACAGUACCGUCUACGAUGGUAGGGGCUAGACCAAAGAGGAAUGAGGACCGUACAUCUGCCCUCACUUUUGCACAGGACAUCUGCCCUCGCUUUUGCACCGAUUUCGGCAAUCAAUCAGACAUUUCUUAUGCAUAUGGAGUAUGGUUGACAUGCAGUCUAUCGAUCUAA